UCCCACUGGAGCGUCCAGUCUGCACAUGGCUGGGGAGGCGGACAGUCGCGCUGGCUGCAUGGAGCUGUGACGCGACGCGUGUGGAGGCGAGCAAACGAAGUCGAGUGAAGGAACGAAAGGGUCCACAGGGAGAGACACGUGCGGCGGGAACUGAGCUCGCGCGCCAUUCGUUUCAUUGACCGCGGAUCACCAAAGUAAAUGAGUGGUUCCAGGACCUCCAAGACCGGCGCCGCGAUGCUGGCCGCCGCGCUGCUCGCCGUGGUGGUGGUCGCGCUCCUGCCCGCGCCCGCCGCGGCCCAGUUCCAGCCGGAGUCGCCCGCCCAGCGCCAGCUGCUGCUCCUCGUGCAGGACAUCCAGAACCAGCUCGCCCGGCAGCAGAACAGCUUCCUGCGGGGGCAGCAGCCCAGCCAGGUGCAGGCGCGGCAGCCCCUGCCGCAGAUCAUCGUGCAGGAGGUGGCGGAGCAGCCGCAGAACUUCCUGCGGGGGCAGCAGCAGGCCGUGCCGAGGAUCAUCGUGGAGGAGGUGGUGGAGCAGCAGCAGCAGCCGCAGCGCAGGGUGAUCGCCGUGCAGCCGCAGCAGCAGAGGCUGCAGCCGCAGCCCGCCUUGCCCCGCCAGCGGCCCCAGGCCAAUGACACGGCCAAACCGCAGUUCCUGGAGCCCGGCGUCGGCCGCUGGCUUAUCAACGGGGACCCGGCCUGCCUGCCGUGCAUCUGCGAGGCGGCGAGCGGCUGCGACGAGACCCUGGGCUGCGACGACAGGGGAUUCUGCGGGCCGUUCCUCCUCUCCAAGCGGUACUGGACGCUGGCCGGCAAGCCGCUGCUGAGGGGAGACUCGCCGGACAGACCUGGAGCUUCUUCCGAUUGCCUGCGGGACUCGUUCUGCGCCGCCGAGGCUGUGCGAGGCUACCUUGACAGGUUUGCUCAGGAUUGCGACGGCAACAAGCGCGUGGACUGCUUCGACCUGGCGCGCGUGCACUUCCAAGGCCCGUUCAACUGCCGCUCCCCGCUGCAGCCCCCAACCGACUUUUCCGAUACGUUCCGUCGCUGUUGGGACGCGUCGCGGCAAACGACUGCGCAGUAAAACGUCAGCGCUCAUCAGGUGUACGAAUUUCCGUUUAAAUGUGUGUGAGAGGGGGAGGGGGUGAUUUGGAAGCCUCGGUGGCUUUCCAUUUAAGCAUUUAAACGUUCAGUGCGGCGUGACCACUAUGUGGCCACGUUGGGCUAGUUUUUCCAAUUCCUGAAAUGUACAGCCGCACUGAACGUGUUAAUCUCACCUCUCUCUGUUCAGGCUGUGUUGUUGAUAGUUAAGAUUGUAAUAAUAAAAACAUAUUUUUACGUA